AUGUCAGAUUGGCCAAUUGACGUCAAUACUCGAAUUGACAGUUUUGGUAGAGUCAAUUGGCAAAAUAUUGCAUUGAAACUGUUUUAUAAACCGUUCGGUUUGUUAUAUAAAGGUCAAAGGGCAUGCCUGUCUAAUAAACUGCAGAAUUUGAUUUAUCCAGGCUUUUAUGAAUUCCAAGCCUUUCCUUUUGCGACAAUACGCACAAAAAGCAAUUCAAUAAUAUCAAGCGAACGUCAGGAUGAACCUCUCUUUAAUGUUCCUUUAUGGAGUAGAUACUGUAGCUUAACUGUAUUCCAACUUUAUAUUUCAAAAAGGAACAUAUAUCAAUAUGAGAAUUUGAGAUUGAAAUGA